CAAAAGAAAGGAUAGAUGGAACUGGAGAGUUUGGCUGAAUCUUCUAGUGAAAGAUUUAAUAAAAGACAGGAGGAUUUCCCAUCAUUGACAGAAUACAAUGAUUACUUGGAGGAAGUGGAAGACAUGACAUGUAAUUUAAUUGAAGGAAUAAAUGUUCCUGUUAUUGAAGCAAAAAUUGCAGAGUACGAGAAAGAAAAUGCUGAACAAAUUAUGAAUGCUCAAGCUCGUAAGGCCGAAGAAUACGCAGCAGCAUUGGCUGCAAGCAAGGGACAGCCUGCACAGGCUGAUAGUGAUGUGAUCACAAACCAGAGCUCUAUAGAGGGGCAUUACGCCCCUGCAGUCGUCACUGGGGGUGGAAUUGCACCACUGCCCAUUCCAGUCGGAUUUAAUCAUCCUGAGAUGCAAGCGUAUGAUGAUAUCGAUGAUGAAGAAAUGAUGAAACUUCGAGUAGAGAGAGGUGGAAGGGCGGGAGGGUGGAGCGUUGAAUUGAGCAGGAAACGGGCACUUGAAGAAGCCUUCAGUAGCAUUUGGAUUUAGAGAGAGAGAGAGAGAGAGCAUUCUGUCCCAAGUUGCUGUUUUAUCGGUAGUGUAAUGGUAUUUGAGAGUAUCGAGUGAUAUCAAUUGCAGAAAACAACUAUCGUAUUGGCGCAUGAAUUUGCUAUAAAGCUUAUAUGUAUUAGGAACCGGUCAAUACAGUAGUGAUUUUCAUUCUAUCUAGUAUAUAUAUAUAUAUAUAUAUAUCGGUAUUGAAAAGAAAAAAAUUUCAUAUGUAUCAGCCAAUAUGGUAUGUAUUGACUGAUGUUUAAAAUUAUUGAGAAGUUAGAAAAUGCGGUUUGGUGGAUUUUCUCA